AUAAAAUGUUACGGCCUUUACAGUCACCAGAUCUCAACCCAGUUUCACACCUAUGGAAUAUUUUGGACCAAUGUGUAAGACAAUGCUCUCCACCACCAUCGCCAUAACACCAAAUGAUAGAAUAUAAACUUUCAUCUUCAAAUCUAUUUAGUGAUGUCUGUGACUGUCUCUGAUGCUAUAUGUCCCUUUGUUGGCUAUGUUUGUUUUUCUUUUAUCUGCUGUACUCAGGUCUCUCUUGCAAAAGAGAGCUUGAUCUCAAUGAGAUUACCUGAUUAAAUAAAGGUUGUAUAUAUAAAUGAGGGAAUAUCUUGUGGAGUGAUGGUGUUAAUCCCUCCAGCAGAGUUCUACAGACAUGGUAAAGAGCACUGAAGCUGCUCUGCAGGCUUGUGGUGGCCUGGCUUCAUACUAAGACGCUUCAUGUUGGUUUUUCCUUUAAUUUGUCACCCAUCUGUAUAUCCAAACUGUAGGUUAACUCUGCACAGUAUGUCUACUGUCUCUUUAUAUAAAGAGAAAAUAUACCAAUAUACGUCUUAAUGCUCUGAUUUUCAGCUUAGGGAGACAAAUUUGUGUAGAAAAUGAUGUAGUCCGAUGCUAUCCUACAAACACUGUCUGGAUCUGAGCUGUCACAAGAAGAUUAAAAGUAAAAAUUUACAGUAUUUAAAGUAAGACAGGUGCAUUUUGAAACUAUAAAUAUUUAAUCCAAGAUCAUGUUUUUCAUGUCAAUGUUUGCAGAAACUAGAGAAAGUUUUUUUGUGUGUGCAAGACUUGAGACUAAGGCUAGAUGUUAAAUCCAAUUAAUGGAAAUUUAAAAAGAAAUUAUGUUUGCAUAACUUCAUUGAAAAGAGCAUUUGUUCAGAUCUUGUCAUUUUAAAUAAAUGCAUCAAAUGUAUAAAAUAUCCAUUAUGGUAGCAAAAUGUGUCCCUGUCCUUGAAUUUCUAUCAGUUAAUAAUGGAACUGAUUAUUGAUCUUACCUCUAAUAAAUGGAUGAGGGCUUGUAUUUUAGGGUACUGAAAUGUCACACCUCUGGUAAUGGAGGGACGGACGUUUGCACUAGCAGCUACAUGUGACUGGACAUACUACUCUAUUAAUAACAGUGCAGAGUGCAAGGCCCCAGUCAGACAUAUGCAAGGACAGACGGACCUCAGAGCUGAAACGUCCCUGAAGGGAGAAAGUACUGACACCUCCAAACAGGACGCCUCGUCCUUCUGCAACAGGCUGAAGAGCAUGCGAGGUAUCAAAAUGGAUGAUUUAGAUCACAGCAUGCACAUUGCAGAAUAUGACUGGACGAGCUUCUAUGAGGACAGUGAGGAGUGUGUUCUGCUGCAGCCUUCGCUCGCCUGCCCUGAUAACUCGAGCCUCAGUGAUUCAGAGGAUUCAGGAAACUCAAGUUCAGUCUUCAGCGUAGGCCGACAGGAGCUGCAGCAGACUCCUGCUGCAAACAGCGAUGAAGCUGAAAGCAACGCUGCAGGAUGCUGCAUGGAAGAAGUGCAGGUUAAUCGAAGUGGUGCAGGAGGUGAACGAGAUGAUCUUACAACAACAGCUGGAGAAGAGAGUGAAAUACGGGUGAACUCUUACAUAUGCCUUGAUUAUCCCGGAGGAAAUGUCAACACAGAGGAGACAACUGACAACAUUACGAUCACACUGCAACCAAAUGUUCAGUCUUCAGAUGGAGAAUCAACAGAGCUGAGAAAAGAAGAUGGCAAGGUGCAAACAGAGAGUGGCACUUGUAAACUCAAAUCCAUGCAGCAACCUGACCCACUUUCUUGUAACCAAACAGAAGUGAAUGUGAAUGAGCCACAUGCUACAGACAGAGCUGUGAGCAGUGUCGCUUUAAGAGCAGAAAAAGAGCGCUGGUUCGUGACAGUGAAUAACAGUCCUGCACGUCAGCGGGUACGUGGCCCCUCUGUGAAAAAAAAACAAAGACCAAAAAAAACUUGUAAGGACACUCACAUGUGCAGAACCCCCGGGCAGGAGAAAUCACUUGAAAAUGGCUUGGAGAUGGAGAUAAACAAAGAUAAUAAUAAGUCAGAGGGAAGGAGGGACACAGUGUAUGUCACACAAUCACACCAAAACUUCCAAAAACUAACAAAAUCAGGAUGGCACCCAAGUGCUGAAGACAAUCCUGAGAGCGUUCAGAUGGGAGUCACUUCAGAUUCAUCGCAAGUGUCUUUAACAUCUGGUGAAGAAGACAAUUUGUCAGAAAAACUGGUAACGUUCCAUUCCCCCGAAGAAAAUGUCACUGAGCCAACGACAGACAGAAACAAACAUGACCCAAGCUGCUCAGCGUCCACCUCGCAUGACACAUUUACACCCAAAGAGCCUUCACGGGUGGACAGUGUGGAGUCUGUCGAGCUUGAGGACAGUGUUGAGUUCUUCUCCACUCAUAGUUAUGAGUCUGAAAGCUAUCUGUCAGCUACUGAAUCAGUGGAGGAACCUCCGCACCUUCUCAUGGAAAACUAUCGACUGCAGAACUCAUUAUCUCUGACAGAAAACAGCCAUCUACUCAGUCUGACUGAGGAUACCGACGCUGACGACACGCAGGGCAGAGAAAAGCAUUCUUGUCAUAUCUCUCUCUCUUGCAAUGUAACAGCUACUAACUCUGAAGGUUAUGAACGCGCCUAUGUUGAGCCUGCCCUGAUAUUUCCAUCUGCUGGCCAAAGUGCUAACAAAAUGCCAGAUGACAACUCCACGUGUGUUAACAACACACAGAGCACGGUGCCCCGCAUGCCCUCGGAUACACCUGGACUCCAAAAACAUGAACUUAAUCUUUCAGCAUCUGGUUGCUCUUCAGGAGACCAGCUUAGUCUGCCUCCUGUUCCUGAUUUAACUCUGACACCUGGCUCUGUGGCCGACAGCCCUGAAACAUAUGCUGAAGCCACGGGCCACACUCGACCCGUGUAUGCCAUUUCUGCUUUUUGGGAUGAAAUGGAAAAACUGACCAUAAAUGACAUUUUGCAGCUUAGGGUGGGUAGGAGCACACCUCCCAGGGAAACACAAGGAAUAGCGACACCAAAUGUUGAUGAUUUCCCAACAGAUCACAGCUCUUUGGCUGACACUGUGGAGUAUAACUUGUCCGAUGGUGGUUUAAUGGACACAUCGGACACUGCUGACUCAGACUAUUUCACGCAGCCUGACGAAUCUAAACCAGAUCGCUCAAGCUGUGAGUUUUCCACCUCCGAUUUUGAAGAAGAGUACUGGCAGUUUCUUGGCGCCAGUAGGAACCCCAGUCCUGACCCUCAGAGCAAAAACCAACAAAGGACAAGUGACUCUCCUUUCUUUGCACAUGAGGAGGAGGAAUCCACAAGCUCUGAAGGAAAGGAGACACCUGUGCCUUCAGAGGACUUCGCAGGGCAAUGUUUUGAGGAUCAGGACUCAAAUGCUUUAAUUUCAAGCGAACUUGCAUGGCCGAGACGGAUAACAAAAACCAGAAGCAUGCGCAACAUACAAGCUCUCAACACAGAGGAUUCAUCUUUGCAGUUGUUACUUGGUAAUGAUGAAAAAUGCUGCUGUCCAUCACUGGAGGAAAACGUGGUGUUUAAAGCGAGUGACAAUCUGGGACCCUCAAUACCUGGACUGGCUGAACAUUAUCAAAUAUUAUUCCCUGAAAUGUUUGGACGCUCCCCAUGUGUCACUGUCUAUGACCCAGAGGAUAUCUCAGUGGCACCUGUGUUUGACUUCACGCUUUGUACAUUCAGGGAUGAAAUGUCAUUCUCUUCCCUCCAUGAUUCCCAGUGCAGCGAGGAGAAACCCAUUCCCAUUUUCUCUUGUUCUCGUCCCACCAUCAGAGAACUCACAUUCCCAAAUCCGAACUAUGUUUUCUUGAGCGCAGACUGCGAGAAGGAUGACGACAUCUCUUCAAUCAGAGUCGCGUGUCGCUCUUUCAUCCAGGGCAGCGAUUGUGGGAUAUCUGCUGCAGCCCCACGUGGAUUUCACAGCUGGAAAGGUUUGCUGUCGAUGAGGAGGAUUCGCUUCCAUGACAAAGGUAGCAUCUGGUGCAGGGGGUCUGGUGCCUGGGUGUUUCCAGUUGAGGCUGACAGAAUUGCCAGCAAGAGAGCAGAUCCACCAAUAACUGUGCUCACUGAGGGAAGAGUUUCUUCAGCACCUUCUCAGUUGUUUACAGAGCUGGCAGUGCAGCAGAGGAUUUUGGAAACUAUACAGACAAGACGAGAGGGCAUCUUCUCCACACUGAAGCAGUCAGAUAUGUGUUUGGUCUGCAUCGCUUUUGCCUCCUGGGUAUUAAGAUCCUCUGAUCCAGAGGCUGCUGAUGCCUGGAAAGCAGCUCUGCUAGCGAAUGUGAGUGCGCUGUCGGCUAUCCAGUACCUCAAGUGCAGUAUGUGAAGAAGAAGACUCCUACUUCUCAAGAUGGUCCCUGAUGUAAUUUCCAAAUAUUUUCACUUGGGUCCAUCAUCUACUGUGUGUGUGUGUGUGUGUGUGUGUGUGUGUGUGUGUGUGUGUGUGU